AUGGCCCAUGAGUUCGUCGGUCAUGCCUAUGCAUACAGCCUCCAGGGAACCCCGAAAGAGGAGAGUUUGAGGAGUCUCCGCAUUGGGAACCAGAAUGCCUCCACCCACCUCUGUGCCCAGCCCCAACUCCACGGAACAGAAGGCCCUCUGUUCCGGACCCCACCCUCUAGUAGUUCUCAAGAAAGGGUACUGAGCCAGAAAAGUCAGGCUCCACCGCUCAGCUGUGCAACUCCGGCGCUGGGGCUGCUGGUGUGGGCCCUGAUCGCCGACACCCCGUACCACCUGUACCCGGCCUACGGCUGGGUGAUGUUCGUCGCUGUCUUCCUCUGGCUGGUGACAAUCGUCCUCUUCGUCCUCUACCUGUUCCAGCUGCACAUGAAGUUGUACAUGGUGCCCUGGCCGCUGGUGCUGAUGGCAUUUAACAUGGGCGCCACCGUUCUCUACAUCACGGCCUUCAUCACCUGCUCCGCUUCGGUGGAGCAGACGUCCCUGAAGAACACCCGGCCGUACAACCAGCGCGCGGCUGCCUCCUUCUUCUCGUGCUUAGUGAUGAUCGCCUACGGACUGAGCGCUUUCUUCAGCUUCCAGGCCUGGCGAGGAGUCGGCAGCAAUGCGGCCACCAGUCAGAUGGCUGGCGGCUAUGCCUAAACCCCUGACCACGGCCCACCGUGGGGCUGAAGGCUGCAGCCGGGUCACACGUGGGGUGGCCCUGCGGGUCAGCCCAGAAGGGACGACACUUGCUCCUGUCUGACUGUCAGACGUGGGCUCACCCAACACUCCCAAGGCAUCCGAUCCUCCCUCCGGCUCGGCCCGGGUCGCCUGCGCGUGGACUAGAGCGAGCCAACAGCCGAGACCGGCUCGUCCCCCUUAUUCAGCAGAAGGUGACGGGGGACACGGCUUGCUGCCUGCUCCGUCUAGAGGACUUCAGCGUCCGAGGCGGGGCCCAGCCUUCUCACCAGCACUAAGCACACUAACAAGGACCCCGGCCCUGCCGCCCCCACCCACCCUAUGGUUAUAAGCCUAACCAGCAGCAUGUAUUUAUCGCCAUCACAGUCUGAUCCAGGAGUGCUGAGCAAGCUCAUGAAACCGUGCCGGGCCCUUAAAACACAAUUCCGACCUGACCCUCCCCCAAGCCAACGUGUCGCUGGAGACUUU